AUUCAAGUCUUAAAGAAUGAGCCUUAUGAAAAGGAUAGUGAAAAGGGACAGUAUACCCACAAAAUCUAUCACUUAAAGAGUAAAGUUCCUGGGUUUGUAAGGAUGAUUGCUCCAGAAGGCUCCUUGGUAUUCCAUGAAAAGGCUUGGAAUGCAUAUCCAUAUUGUAGAACAAUUGUGACGAAUGAAUAUAUGAAAGAUGACUUCUUCAUAAAAAUCGAGACCUGGCAUAAACCAGACUUGGGGACAUCAGAAAAUGUGCACGACUUGGAUCCAAACACGUGGAAGAGUGUUGAAGUUGUCCAUAUUGACAUUGCAGACAGAACUCAAGUAGAACCAGCGGACUAUAAAGCUGAUGAGGACCCAGUAUUGUUUCAGUCGGUGAAGACCAAGAGAGGACCUUUGGGGCCUAACUGGAAGAAAGAGCUAGCAGCUGAUGAAGACUGCCCUAAAAUGUGUGCUUACAAGUUGGUGACUAUCAAAUUUAAAUGGUGGGGACUACAGAACAAAGUAGAAAACUUUAUCCAAAAGCAAGAAAAGAGGAUAUUUACCAACUUCCAUCGCCAGCUUUUCUGUUGGAUUGACAGGUGGAUUGAUCUGACUAUGGAAGACAUCAGGAGAAUGGAGGAUGAAACCCAACGAGAGCUGGAAGCGAUGCGUAAGAAGGGUUCCGUUCGAGGCACAGUGGCUGCUGACGUCUAGCGGAAUCCUCUGUAGGUUCAGAGGCAAAAUCAAGCUGUGUAAGUGAAUUCCUGGGGGAGAGGAGGAAUCCUUUCUGGUGAUGGGCAUUACUGGCGGAACAACUAUUCUAGAGCGGUGCAGCCAGAUUCCUUUCUUGGGACUGAGCCCCUGCUGCUCCCCUGCUCUGACCAGUCAGCAGCAGGACAGCAGCCCCGUGGCUAGGAUUCAUUUGAGACCUUCCGCAUGUGUUUGGCACCAUGAUGGGCUCUGGGCACAUGCUCCAUUCAGUCCGUGGGAUGCUGUAAUUUGGCGCAAGCUAGCUAUCACAUCGUACUUUAUGCUUGUCUGGUGCAAGAGCUCAAAGUGCAGGCUCUACAGUUUGUCUCCUGACAUGUGCUUUGGCUUCAGGACACUUAGGCUCCAAAGCCUGCAAGAGGCUUCCUGGACAGAGUGACAUUUUGCUGCUCUAUUAGACCCUCUUUGUGGUUAAAGAAAAUAUAACUGCAUUUAGAAAAACUGUACAAUCAAAAUGGGUGUGUGGAGGGGAUGCCAAUCUAUUUCCCAGGUCAAGAAAAAAAAAAAUCCCUAAAAUGCUGCCGCCAGGGACUAAUUUCCUCAGAAGUCCAAAUCUUUAUAUUCACACCCAGUACUUUAAUGUUCAUAUUUCCUGCUCUGAGCAUUUUCUCACAUGCCUUUAAUGGUGGAUCCUGUAUCUGCAGCUAACUUCAAAUCCCAGAGAUCCAGCGUAUGGGAGUGCUUUUGUACUUAUUUCCAUUGUUUGAUGUCUGAGUUGCUGUUCUAAUCACAAGACUGAUAUUCAAUCUAAAAGAUUCCCUAGAAAAUUUGAACUGAUACAAUAUGAUCCAGCUCAAUGCUGGUGAAGGUUUGACUGUGCUGCACUAACUAUUUUUCUUAGAGAAUUAGUAAAAUCUGCAUUUUUAGAGUUUAAUUUUACUUGAGUAACUGUUAGCACUUAU